AUGGAGAAAAGGGAGACCUUGCACACCGAUCCAAUUGGGGACAAUGUGCAGCUUGAUCCGGCUGUCGUUGCCAAAUUACCGCCAAACUCCAAGAUACUUUCGGUAACGCCAUCUGGGAACAGUCUCUGGGUCGGGACAGUCAAGAUCGUGGUUGAGCUGGCCGAUGGUACUACCGCAGAGUUCUUCAAGAAGGGCGCCCAUGGAUCGGUUGGGAUUAAUAUGAUGAAAGGCACAUGGGAAGCGGAGAGCGCCUUGUACAAAUUUGUUCCCCACUACACUCCUCAGCCAGUCGGAUGGGGAACAUACGAGAAUGAUCCCGACACCAGCUUCUACUUGUGCGAGUUCGUUGACAUGGACGAUGAUCUUCCUGGUCCCCGAGAGUGGGCGAAAGCUGUCUCUUCCCUUCACCUGCUCAGUAUGGGAAAGUCACCCACCGGACAAUUCGGCUUUCCGGUUGCCACCCACCUGGCCAACGUUCCCGUUAACAAUGCCUGGAAUGUCUCGUGGGAAGCGUUUUGGACCCAACAGAUGAAGAGCCUGUUUGAUCAAGAAGCGCGAGUCAAUGGACCCGACGAUGAGUUGGAAGCACUCAAGACAACGUACAUGUCCGAGGUCAUUCCUCGAUAUUUGCGACCUCUCGAAUCGGAGGGCAGGUCCAUAACCCCUUGCCUUAUCCACUCCGACCUCUGGCCAGGCAACAUCAAACCGAAAGCCGACUCUUACGACGUGGAGCUGUGCAUGUUUGAUGCAUGCGCCUACUGGGGCCACAAUGAAGCUGAUCUGGGUAUCUGCCGGAAUCCGAGGUAUAAGCUAGGUCAACCAUGUGUUCAAGAAUACCAUAAAAGGGUCCCCAUCUCCGAGCCUCAGGCGGACUUUGACGGUAGAAACGCCGUGUACGCCAUGAAGUAUCAUGCCCUGCUGUCAACGAUGUACAAGGACCGGAAGUUCAGACAGGUCCUGAUCGAGGAGCUCAAAUCCUUAAUCAACAUGGCAGGUGCUGGCAGGUCGGACCCGGACGUUGCUUUACCUCCACGUCUGUGAACGCUUGGACGCAGAAUGUUUCUAUUCUCGUUUCGACAAGACGUAUCUCUAGGUGGUGUUGAAUCGUGUCAGGAUCCAAAUACCUGACCAUCCCCAGAAGCUCGCUUGCUUGGGUGUCAUUGGUGGCAAACGUCAGCCACACCAACAAUUGCUUCUCAACCACUACCGACCCCUGUACCGCCGGCAAUUCAGACUAUGACGCACACCUGGCGCUUUAUCAAGGGUCCAUUCAAAGGUUACCAACCUUUGUCUCAGCAGUUGAUCUUGAAACGAGCAACCUGAAAGGUUGCCUUUCCUUGUCUGAAGCGGUCUGUAGUACACACAACACGGGAUACAUCAUGGCAUUGUUGGCGUCGUGUAAUGGUUAGGCGUCAAAAAAGAUGAUCGCUGACAAGAAUGACGAUGUUGCUAGUCUUGCUCACGACAUCACUAGCAUCGAAUAUAAUGCCGACAGUGUCCCAAGA